AUGAUUCCUUUGAUAAUUCAAGUGACAUAUCUCGGAUGUAACAGACGUAAUUUGGAUUCCCUGUUGAACUCGAUGCCUAUUUGGAUCAAAUGGAUUGUUUGCUGUAAAUCAGAAACAUCUCAAGUGGCACCCGCUCAACUGUUACUUCCUUGUUGCGUUUUCAAGAAACCUGCUGGAAAUGGUUGGCAACAACAACGCAAACAGAUAGCAAUUGGAUCAUCAGCUUAUCUUCCAACCAAUUCAAUGCGUUACGAGUUGUUGUCAGUAACGAAUUUAAUUAUAAUUCCAUUCAUUGUUCAAGUGACUUAUCUCGGAUGCAACAAACGGAAUUUAGAUGCGUUGUUGGAAUCACCGAGUCGGCUUUUAUGUUGUGGAUCAAGGAGGACGGCACAAGUGACACCACAGCUGGAUGAUGAUUUGAGGUCAACCACUCGUCCAGUACCACCACAGAAUUAA